AGACCGAGGGGCUGUUCCGAUAUUAACGACCGCUGGGCAGACAGCGGCAUGUCAAUGUGACAAGAGAGCGAGCGAGCGGCUGCAGAUGCGCCUGUGAACGCAAAGGAGAAGGUUUGAAUGCCUUAAACUGGCGGAUUUUCCAUCGAAACCAUACGAGUUACCACGGUGUUAUUUCUUUAUCCGCGUUAAAAGAAGAAGACGCGCGCCUGUUUCCAUUUGCGUGUCGCGCGCUUCCCGCUCUCCGGAGCACUGCGCUAUAGAUGAGGGGAAUACGUGUCGCCUUAUUAGCCGGAAUGACUUACGUUUAAACGGCAGAAGUGGAUUAGACCAAUGAUGGCAUCACGUGAUGCUCAGAGAGCAUGUUGGAAUCUGUAAUACUCCAGGAUAUUAACAGCCUUGCCUCUGUUAAACUGAAACAACUGCUACCUGAGGUUUGAAGGUGACCUAUUUACCUUUUUCUGUAUAGCCUGUAGAAUUUCAUUCAGCACCUUCAAUCUAAACGAGCAACAGCAACAGGAUAUUGCACCUCGGUCAGGGCCUAGGGAAAGCCCACAUUUGGAUUCAAAACUUUAUUUUUUUUAAUGUGAAGUGCUUUUGCCACAUAAUCUUCAAGGACCAACCACUUAUUUUUGGGAAUUGUGCAAAUAUGAAGGACAUAUCAUUUGCGGAUUAUUUGCUAGUGGGGCUUGCAGUAACUAACUUUGUUCUUGCUGCAGACGAAAAAGUUGAUUGCCCUAAGCUCUGUGUUUGUGAAAUCAGACCCUGGUUUUCCCCCAGUUCUGUCUACAUGGAGGCUCCUACUGUUGACUGUAAUGACCUGGGACUUUUUACACUGCCCAUUAAAUUGCCAGCUGAUACACAAGUCAUUUUACUUCAGACCAACAACAUUGCUAAGAUUGAAAAGCCUUUGGAUUACCUGCCCAACAUCACUGAGAUUGAUCUCUCACAAAACAACCUGUCCUCGAUAAGUGACGUCAACAUAGGUCACCUCGCUCAACUUCUGUCUCUGCACAUGGAAGAAAACUGGAUACGCACCCUACCAGACAACAGCCUGUCUCAACUAACUAACCUUCAAGAGCUCUAUUUAAAUCAUAACCUGAUUUCCGUCAUUUCUCCCGAGGCUUUCCGUGGUCUUCAGAGCUUGCUAAGACUACAUCUGAACUCCAACCGGCUUCAGAGUAUCAGCAGUGAAUGGUUUGAGCCCUUACCAAAUUUGGAAAUUUUAAUGAUUGGGGAAAAUCCAAUUCUGUCUAUUCAGAACAUGAAUUUUAAGCCUCUGAGAAACCUACGUAGUCUGGUCCUUACCAGAAUGAACUUGUCACAGAUACCAGAUGAUGCACUUGUCGGCCUUGAUAACCUAGAGAGCGUCUCGUUCUAUGACAAUACAUUCUCCAGUGUUCCUCAUGGUGCUCUCAGGCAUCUUAAGAGCCUCAAGUUUUUAGACCUUAACAAGAAUCCCAUCGGCCGAAUUCAAAGGGGCGACUUUGCGGACAUGCUCCAUCUUAAAGAGCUGGGCAUUAAUAGCAUGCCUGAGUUGGUGUCUAUUGAUAGUUUUGCCCUCAACAACCUCCCAGAGCUGACUAAAAUCGAAGCCACCAACAACCCUAAACUUUCUUACAUCCAUCCGAAUGCUUUCUACAGGCUGCCAAGGCUGGAAACUUUAAUGUUAAAUGGUAACGCUUUAAGUGCACUGCACAGGAUCACUGUGGAAUCUCUUCCAAAUCUUCGGGAGGUUAGCAUGCACUCUAACCCUAUCCGUUGCGACUGUGUUGUGCGGUGGAUGAACAUGAACAAAACUAACAUCCGCUUUAUGGAGCCUGAUUCCCUGUUCUGCGUGGAGCCCCCGGAGUAUGAAGGUCAGCACGUACGGCAGGUUCACUUCAGAGAGAUGAUGGAGAUCUGUCUGCCUCUCAUUUCCUCUGAGAGUCUUCCUACACAAAUCAGCGUGGAUACCGGUAGAUCUUUGUCUUUACACUGUCGCGCCUUUGCUGAACCUGAGCCCGACAUAUACUGGGUGACUCCAUCUGGGAGAAGAGUGAUCCCAAAUGCCGUCUCUGACAGAUUCUACAUGCACCCAGAAGGCACGCUCGAUAUCUAUGACAUCACUGAAUAUGAGGCCGGAUUGUACACUUGUGUGGCACACAAUCUUGUUGGGGCAGACCUUAAGUCUGUCUCGGUGGAGGUGAAUGGGUACUUUCCACAGCCUGUUAAUGACUCACUGAACGUCAGCAUCCAGUCUGUACGAACCAACUCGGUGUUGAUUUCCUGGAAAGCCUCACACGGUAGUCUGGCUCCAAACAUUAAGUGGUAUACAACGCCCAGUGCAAACUAUCCAACUGUGGCAUUCACAGCUAGGGUGCCGUCUGACGUGACUAUGUAUAAUCUUACACAUCUUAGCCCUGCUACACAGUACAAAGUCUGUUUGGAGAUUCACAGCAUCCACUAUAAACAUGACAGCAGGUGUGUCGACGUCAUAACAAAAGGAUUAGAACAAGCCAUAAAAGAAUCAGAGAGGUGGGAUGUGGCACUGGUUGCGGCGUUCGGUGUGCUUUUCAUUGCGCUCUCGGUGCCUUGCUUUCUGAUUUAUGGCUUCAUGAGGAGCCGCUGCUUUUAUGAAAAUCUGAGGAGAUCUCCAUCUAAAAUGGCUCUGAUGUCUGAGACCAGCCAGCGGUCUCCCUUUACAAGGCUUUGGGUUUCUGGUAAAGGGAUGCCAGCUGCCGUUGAGGUCAAAGCCACGGUCAUAAACAUUUUGGAUAACGACUUUUAAGGUGUCUAGUCACAGAACCACAAAAACUACAAGCAACUGACGAGGCAAACGAGGAGAACUUACCGUUCCAAUUUUGCUGUUUAUCUUUUUGCCUUGAUACAGACAUCGUAUUCGAAGGAAGAGAUGUAUAACUAGCUCUAUAGCCCUUCAUCACGAGCUGUCAACACGUGGCAAGUAGCAAUGUAACAGUGGAAACUAGUGGGAGAGACUUGCUGCUAAAACAUGCAGUGUGAUAUUUCUAGGUCAUUCACUGAGGACAGAUGAUAUUAAGACGUCAGGAAGGUGUUGUUUCUCAUAACUGACUGUUAAAUGUCUAAAGAGUAGUGGGAACGGUCCUUUCGGUCCCAAGCAAUACGUCUGUGCUGUACGACAACCAUAGGCGCAUAGAGCGACCGACUGUCAAGAAGGAAAUCUAGUAGAAUAGAGGAUAACGGUGAUUAUGAUGUGAACUUUUGAUGAAAUGUGUCGUUUUCUAUUUAAGAGCAGAUCUGUCUUUUCAUGGCUAAAAUUGUUAUAUAUUCUAUCCUGAAAUGUAACAGGUAUCUUCUGUGCAGUAGCCAGGCAGUAAACAAGUGCGAAUCACUACAGUAUGAACGAUACAACAAGACCACACAUUUGCUGAAUAAAACACAAGUGUACAUUCUUAAGGAAUCUUAUCUAUACAUAUAUUAUAUUUGAUUCUAUUACUAUCAGGACUGGAUGUUGUUAAAUGAAGACACUUUAAAAGCAUCCCUCAGACGUAGAUUGCGGAAGGUUGACCGUGACAGGGUAAGUGCCUACUCCUGAAUCUCACACCAGAAAAAAAUACUUUCGAUUGUUAUUGGUUUCGUGAGAUCCCUGGUGAAUAGAGCCAUGAUUCCAGCCUCACUUGCAAAUCUGUGGAAAUGCUCUCUCAGUAUUUUUAGCUAAUCAUGAUUGCGUCCUUGCUUUGAGUGUAAAAAUAUAAAAGCCAUUUUUAUAUCGAUUGUGUUGUCUGUUCUACCCUAAGCACAUUAGUCCACGAGACCAAUGUGCUUAAGGCAAUGUUAAAACUAAAUAAAUGUCAACGUUCAUUUU